ACACCCCGAACACGUGCAACGAGAGUAAAAACUUGAACGUUUCGGUUUUUGCCAAAAUCGCAAUUUCUACGGCUCACCAUGGUGCGGCCCAACCACAAUCAACUGCCGGAGAAUCUUCCGCAGUUACAGAACCUGAUCAAGCGCGAUCCGGAGUCGUACAGCGAUGAGUUUCACAUUCAGUACCAGCACUUUCUGAGUCUGCUGGAAAUGUUCGCCUUGAACCCCAGCGAGGAAAACAAAUCUUUGGAUGACACUGUCAUGUUUAUAGCCCAAGUGGCUCAGUGCCAUCCGGCUGCCUGUGAGCUGUUCCCGAAGCACCUAGCCGAUCUGCUCAGGAAUUAUGCCACCGUCUUGGAUCCAGCCAUGAGAAAUCGCUUUGUGAAGGCGCUGAUUCUACUGCGCAACAAGAACUUAGUCCCAGCACUAGACAUAUUGGAACUGUUUUUCCAGCUGUUGCGCUGCCCCGACAAGAAUCUACGGACCUUUCUGCAGGCCCACAUUGUGACGGACAUCAAGAAUAUGAAUGCCAAGCACAAGGAUAUGAAGCUCAACUCGAGCCUGCAAAACUCCAUGCUGUACUCCAUGCUAAAAGACGCCAAUCCCAAAGCCGCCAAGAUGUUUGUGGAUAUAAUGAUCGAGCUGUACAAGAAGAACAUCUGGAAUGAUCCCAAAUCGGUGAAUGUCAUUGCCACAGUGGGUUGCUUCUCCUUGUCACAUCUUCCUCGGCCACGACGACGAGGACGAAGAAGAGGACACCGAAAGUGAAAACGAGGUGGAUCUGAAGGGUGCGCUGCUGGCAAAUCGGGUCAGCAAAAAGACCAAAAAGGGCCAAAAGCAACUGCAAAAGAUCAAAAAGCAGGCGGUCAAGGCCCAGA